CGAGUCCUUUACACUGCACACCAGCAAGAGGAGGAAACUGCAGCUGUUACUUAAUACGCUGCCUUUUGAUGACUUGCUUUGCAUUUGGACACUUGUAGACCAGAUCUUUUGGCUGUUUCAUUAGAGAGCGGGCGAGCCUCUGGACUCAAACUCUGAGAGAGAACAAGACUCACCUGGACACAGUGGUGGAUAGCCUUCCUGCAACUGUUCAUUCCAACACAACAAAAACUAGUUCUUAUCACCACUACAUUCGCCAGCCGAGCAGAUCACAAGCAGGCUCCAAUUUCUGCGCUGUGAAAUUGAAUCAGAGGAACGGCGAGGCAAAACAGCAGAGGCAUUGUGUCCCUGCAAUUGAAACACUAACCGAAAAUAUCAAAGACCAUCCUGGACAAAGCGUUCCUCUCAAACAUCACCUGUUGGUCCAAAAUCUGCUGUUGAAGUAGAAAGUGAUCAAAAGCUGCACAACACUCAGAGGAGAGGGAAGCAAAGGUGAGCCUACACAAGGGCAAAGGAUUGCGUACAGGUGUCGGGGCUGCCAUGGUGUGUGGAGGUGGCGUGGCAGCAGCUCCGUCCUGCUGGGGCCUUUGGGCAUUUAGCGCCCUGUCACUGGUGGCACUGUGCUUGUCAGACCAAGCCAUCCGUUGCCCGGUGUGCUCCGAGGAGAGGCUGGCCAGCUGCCGUCUGCCGGACGGCUGUGAGGAGACGGUGCGGGAGCCCGGCUGUGGCUGCUGCCCCACCUGUGCCCUGCCAAAAGGGACUCACUGUGGCGUCUACUCGCCCCGAUGUGGCACGGGCCUCCGCUGCUACCCGCCGCGUGGCGUGGAGAGGCCACUGCACUCGCUGAUGCACGGCCAGGGGGUGUGCACUGAUGAGAGAGAGGUGGAGGACAACUCAGCUAUGGACAGGCAGGAUGAGAUCAUCCCCGAACACCCAAACAACAGCAACAUCCGGUGCAGUCCACAGGACAAGCGCUGCAUUCAGAAGACCCUGGCACGACACCCUCCCAAAUCCACAAAUCAGCGAAGCAACACCGCCAGAGAUGAGACUAAGGCGGCGCUGGCUCCAUGUCGUGCUGAGCUACAGAGAGCGUUGGACAGACUGGCGUCAAACAGCCGCACACACGAUGAUCUCUUCACGAUCCCCAUACCCAACUGUGACAAGAACGGAGACUUCCACGCUAAACAGUGUCAUCCUGCGCGCGACGGCCUGCGAGGAAAGUGCUGGUGUGUGGAUCAGAAGACGGGCAUGAGGCUGCCGGGCCCGCUGGAGCUGCGAGGGGAUCUGGACUGCCACCAGUUAAUGACUGCGACCCUGAGGGAUUGAGGAGUGGAGGGGCUGUGGGGGUGCAGGACCAGCUGGAUUCUACUGGUGCUCCUUAGUAGAACUACACGAGGAAAGGACUUCGCUCUAAAGCCUCGCUUCACCUGAGGCCAACGGUACUUGAGCCUGCACAACAAAAAGGAAACCAUUGAAUUGAGUUAUUUUGCUAUUUUGUUUUCUGUGUGUGAGAGUAUGUGAGUUUCUUGAGCAUUUGUUGUGUAUUGUUUCUACUACGUGACCUUAAGACCGAUAGUCUUUAGACACAUGCGCUUUAAAGUUUCAGGUGGCAAAAAAAAAAAAAAAACCUUCCACAGAUUCAGUUUAAUUGUGAUCUUUGUUAGAGAGCAACAUGUGUUGUUUUCUCGAGUGUAACUUCAGUAGAGUAUUGUAAAAAGUAGGAAAAUGCAUCAACCCCACCAGAUAAUCAGACCUGACACACACCAGGAGCUGUUAGCACUAGAUCAGUUGGAAUUACUGCAUCAGGACAAUCCAGAAAGAUGAUCAAUUAAAGGAUUGUGUACUCGUUUUUACAAACUUUGUGUAAUUGGUUGUAACAUGUGGCUCUUAUUCUACUGUCCUAUAUGUCGUAAACCCCACCCAUCUGGUAAGUGGGUUAAAACAAAGCACAACAUGUGCCUGCAAACACAAAGUCUAGUUCAGAGACGACACAAGAGUAGCAAUAAAAGACGGGAUGAGAACAGAUCAAACAACAAAGAAACAGGGGGGAAAGGAAUGCAACAAUCCCCUGGCUCGAGUUACCAAAUGAUAAGCCAAAAGCUUUUCACAACAUCAAGACCAAAGUGAAAAGUGAGAUUCUUUUUUGAACAACUGUAUCUCUGAAAGGCCAGAAUAGAUUUGUUUCAUCGCCCUGUGGUUAACUCUGCUUCCUCUCCGUCAUCGUGGUGCGGAGGGACCGGCAGCAUAGCAGGGCUGGAAACUCUGUGCACUGCUGAUAGGGUAAUCUUACUUCUCCAGCUGGUGCGAAGAUGCCAGUGUGACCUUCAUGUUCAUAUGAAUAUGCUUCAACAUACAGGAUUUCUUUCCAAACAGACUGCUUGGCAGAACUUUGGUGGUGCUAUAUACUGAUUGUGCCAAAAUAACAAAAUAAAAAAAGGCUUCUGCACUUUUGGGUAUUGUUUAGGAUUGGAACAGAAGACUGGGAUUUUCAGGAAGUCGAGCAAUUAGCAUAAGCAAACGUGAGGAUCACCUAAAUGUGUGACCAUCUGCACUAGCUAUUGGCCAAGGCUGCUUUCAAUGUGUGUUUUUAAUGUUAAAUAUGAAAGUGACACCUCACAUGUAAAUUGUAAGCGUGAUGCGUCUUAAAUAUGAACGCAGAGUAAUAAGAGUUAAUGAUUAAGCACCUGGCAGCAUAGCAACUCCUAGUUAACGUGAAGCUUUGUAUGGAGGAGGUGGAGCAGUAAAGAUAGCAUAAUGUUUACGUGGUACCCAGAGUUUCUUCUGUUAAUCUGACAACGGUAGUUUUCAGUUUCCAUAUCGUCUGUAGGGCAUCAUAUUAAUAAUUAAAGGAGUAUACGACCAGUGUAAGUGACAUAGCUAAUCAUCAAACAUUUUAGAUACUGUAGGCGAGACUGGUUCUUAUAGCAGUUUGAUUGUACAGGUGGCGUGCAUUAUGAGUUCAGCGCAGAGUUCCAGGUUUAAGCUAACGCUGGUGUUUGUCACUAGCAGAUAUGAACAGCUGCUCUGUUCCACAGCAGACUUUGCUCGAGCACAAAUUCAUCAUGUGUGAUUAUUAGUGUUGCUGUCCCACACAGAAAACCAUAAAUGUCAACCUAACAAAUCGUUUGUGUGUAGAUUACAGUGCAGUAAUAACACUUUUGUUGAAAAUAAUAAAAUAAUAACGACAGAUAUUUACAGCUACUUUCACAAAAGGGACUUUUGGUUCUUUCUAUGUCUCAACAUUUCUGACGCUGGCGUAUAAGGGCCAUUGCAGGUUUAAAAAUAACAAUAAUUACGGAGCAGGUUUUUUUUCUCAGAAUAUUAUCCAUAUUCUGUGGAACUUCCGAGAUUAAAGUCGCAAAUUUCCGAGAAAUAAACGUAUGAGAAAAUAAAUAGGAACAUAGUGUUUUUUUGUUCACUUUACAAGGAGGCAUAGACGUCAUCACGCCACAGACGGUAAACAGGGAAUAUCAUUUGAUCAAGUUAACAAGUGCUGAAGUAUGUGGUGUGAGGACGUCGAUCCAACAAAACACUAUUCCACACAGAAAUUAAAAAGUAUUUUUGGUUAUUUUUAUUAUACAUUUUUGCACAAUUUUCCAUAUUGAAUUUGGUCUAACCUUUUACUAAAAUGCUGUAGUAUAUGCAUAUAUAAAUGGUGAGUCUGAGAAAAGCAAAAUCCUCUAAUUAUGAUGCUUCACUCUUUUGGUUUUUGUGCAUGGUAAUGAAACAUAACUUCCAGGUUGCUCCCCCAGUAAUCUCAACCCAGCUAACUGAGGACAGUUAUGGACCAGCCCAUUCCUAAAAUUAAUCUGACAAAUACCUUUAUCAUCUGACUGAGGAUUUGUUAUACGUGUCUUCAGUGCAUCCUUCUACUAUUUGUACACCUAGACACUUGGAGGGUGAAUUAUUACUGCACUUUGUCUUCUUUCAUUUAGCUACAAAACUCUAAUUUGGAAAAACAUUUUUUACAAAGAUUUACAACGAUGUUUCCAUAAAUUCUCAUCCUAUAAGGUUAGUCAUAAUAAACUAUUCAAAUACAUUUUUUAUUUAUUUUCCUGCCUCUGUGUUGGCCUUGUUAUUUUAUCAUAUAUAAUAUGAAUAUGAAUUACAUGCUUUUGGUUCCCAGUUUCUAACAACUCAACAUACUGUGAGGAAUUUAAUCUUAUCACUGAAGCCAACGGUCAAGCUGCUGAAAACAGUGUAUUUCCACCUGAUGACCACUAUUACGAUAUUAAGAAAUGUAUCCAAAGGUAGUUCACCCAAACACAGACGGAUAUAUAGAAGGUGUUAUGGGUGGAGAAUCAUGCUACAACUAAAAAAUGUCAAAAACUAAAUAUCCUGAAUCUCGUUCCAAAGACAAAGUUUCUGGCGACAUCAAUACUCAUUCAGUGAACUGCAUGCACACAAAUAAGUUCCAGCUAAAUCCUAUCUUAUCAUUCAGUAUCUAAUGAAGUGUAACUAAACACAUUUAUCUGGUAACUGUAAUCGCUGAGAGCCUUCUAACUACAUAAACUGUGUAUUUAAGCUAAAUUACGUCGCUUGAUCUCUGACUUUGCUGUACUGAACUGUCAUUUCUCGACAAUAGACUGUUCCUUUGAUAUUAUCUAGUGAUGUGUAGAAGAUAUGAAGUAAUGUUUGCAUGCAUACAAAUGGACUGGGGACUAAGGUCUUGUGUAUCUUGUCCAGAACAGGACCCUUAUACUAAAACACUGAAGUGAUCAAAGAACUGAAAUAUAAAGUUUCAACUAAUGAAAUGAUCAGUCAUAUUGUAAAUGUUUACCUGAUGAAAAUGUACACAUUGUAAUACAUCAAUUAAAACACUUUAGAAACUA